AUGUCCACCGUAUCCGCAACAACAGCAGCAACAGUGCCGACAAUAACAAACACCGAGCAUCCGGUCCAUCACCCAACCUACGCUCCUCACAUUCCUACAUCGGCCGUCGGUCCCGUCACAAUAGCAAUUAUUGUUGCACUUGUCCUAAUUACAUGUUGCAUUCUACACUGUUCCCGAAUCCGCCAAAGUAUAAAUAACAGAAUUAUUUCGGAACGAUGUCGUAAAAUACAACAACAGCACGAACAGCAGUACGAUUGUUCUUCAAAUGAUGGCACUGUGUAUAAUGGCAACAAUCAUCAAUCAUCACCGUCGCUUGGAUCUUGGUCAUCAUCUGCUUCGACCGUUCAUUAUGACUCGCAACAACUGCAGCAACAGCAAGGCAAAGACCAUAUAGAAUCUCAAAACCAUCGACACGAAGAAAUUCCGUAUAACUCAGAAGGAACAACGCCAGUCCAUCAUGAGCAACAAGAGCAGCACUUGAACUAUCCUCAGCUCACAAGCGUCAUAGUACAGCAGCCCCCUGUUGCAGUGACAAGACCAACAUCUCAAUAA